CACGAAGUAUUACUACCAGCAAAAAAGUGAGCAAAAAAGGAAAAGAAAAGAGAAAGAAAAAACGGAAACCACGUGUACAAAACGCCGACGUGUCGAAUGAAAACCGCUCAUCAUCCUUAGCAGCCAGCGUCAGCAUCCUCUUCCUUCUCCAUCCUCAUCCAUUUCUCUCUUUCUCUUUUCCGCGGAAAAAAAUAGAAAGAAAAAGGAAAAAAAAAGAAAAAGGAGAGAAAAAUAAACACGCACUCACACAGUGGGCAGUAAUAAUAACGACAAUAAUCUAAAAAAAGGGCGUAUAUAAGGAUUGCGGUUUUCUCUCUUUCUCGGGCAGUAGGGUUUUUCGUUAUAAUAUAUUGAAAGUAAAUAGUGUUGCGGCAAAUACACACACAGUCACCGCCGGUGAAUGCGACUGUGUGUUUUUCAGGUGAAAAAGGAUCGGGUUUUUGCUGGUCGGAAUCAUUUUCACUGGUUUUAUUCCUCAGGUUCUUGCUAUUCUUGGCUCGAGAUCCGGGCCAAGAACACUCCGCCUUCGCUUCUAAUUCAGGUGGUUUUUUGUUUUCUUCAAUUCGUUUGAUUUUGAUUGUUGAUUGAUUGAUGCUGGAAUGCUCUUUUGUUGUUGUUUUAUCCCGUACAUUCUUUUGGUGAAUUCGUCUGUGCGUAUUUGUGGUUCGUUUUCAAGUUCUUUUGGAAUGCACGUAUGGAAGUAGCUAAUUGACGUGUUUCCGUAAUCCUUUGAAGUUUGAUUCUUUUUUGUUGUCGAUGAAAACGAAAUCAGAACACCAUUUUAGUGGGUUUGUAGUAAUUCUUUUUUUGGUUUUCGAUGAAAACGAAAUCAUAACACCAUCUUGGUGGGUUUGAUUAAGUUGUGUUUUUAAUUUGUGGCGUGAAAUGGGAUUUUUUUUCCCCUCAAAAAAAGUUUCUUAUCAUUUUAUUGAAUGGUGUUCACUGGUUGUAGGGUUUCGUUUAGGGGGGGAAAAAAUGGCGUCAGGUGAGGGAUUCUUGACAGAGGGGCAAAGAGAGAUAAUGAAAAUUGCGACUCAAAAUGCCGAGGUCUUGUCUUCGUCUCCUCCUAUCAAGUCCCCUAGGACUCUGCUUACGGAGCACCAUGUGAAGGCCCCAGGGGGCAGUAAGACUUCUGCUGCUGGUGGGAUUGCGGUUAGACACGUGCGGAGGUCUCAUUCAGGGAAACACAUCCGAGUGAAGAAGGGUAUAACCUUGCUUCUAUGUGAUGAUUCCUUUAGAUGAUUUCAUUGGAUCAAGAAAUGAUUAGCUUCUGUUUUGAUAUGUUUGAUGGUUGGUGACUUGAAGUUUACUAGUAUACAAAAUGGAAAGUAUGAUGACUUCGAAAAUUUUAUUGGGAGAGGUUUAAUUAUUCUUAUUUCAUGUUUCUGCAUGUUAAAGACACCCUUUUCUUGUGGCGGGGUUUUAGCUCGUGAUUCUUGUGACCUUGAUAGUAUUUGGAAUGUUUUGGAAUAUCUCUGGAUUGGUGGAACUGUAUUUAAUGUAAUAUCUCUUCGUGCGUGUGUUCUAUUCAAGUUUCCUUAUAAGUCUUGGCGCAUUUGUCUGGUGAUACUGGGUAGAUUGACAUUUAUGGAGAAGAGUGCAUUAUUGUUUUCGUAGUAAGAUCUGCUGUGGUUCUUUUUUGUUUCUGAGGUUGGUUUUGGAGGUUGGAGUCUCUCCGUGAAUAAAUGAUGAUCUUUGAUUGAUGCUAGAAUAUGUAUGGCAUGCUGACAUGAUCUAGCGAACAUUCCUCGUUUACGAGAAUUACUUUAAUGAGUUAACUAAUGAUUGUAUGUGCGUUGACCUACUUAUGCAACGGUUAAUGUGGGGUAGGUAUAUUGGCUCGUGUUGGAAAGUCUUUACGAAUUUCUGAACCUUAGAAAAGCAUGAGUAAAUGUGUCAACUUUUCUGUGGGGCCUGAUAGAAUUGCAUUUAUUUAUCUUCCGCUUUCUUUUGUAAAGAUACUGUCUUAUCUGUCGGAGUCUAUGCAUGGAUUCAUUUUCGGCGUUGACUCUUGCCCCACCAUAUCGUAUUUGACAUCUUGGUCCUUUCUGGUUCUUUUUGGACCGGACGUUUUCCAUUACCCCUUUAUACAGUAUAAUAGCUGUUGGUAUUACUGUGUUUUUUUUUCCAUUUGUGGAUUAUGAUUGGUUUUAUCUGCCGCGUGUCGGUUUUGAGUGGUCAAUUGGUCAUUCAGUUAGUUGUUCUGUCAGCUGUCUGUGACUGUUUCCUGUCUGAAGUUUCUUACCAGUUUCUUAUAAUACCGUAAAUUGUUUUUAUUGUUUUUUUUUUUUUUGGGCUUGUAUUUCUCCAAUUUUGACUUUACUUGAGGUUGUCCUUGUUCGCAUCGGUGACUUUGUCUGAGCUACUACUAAUCUAUUUUCCCUGUAUAACUGUUACUAAAUGGAAAUUUAAUUUUGCUUGAUGCAGCUUAAUGUCUGUUUUUGGUUCUCAUCCUGUCAACAAUGGCGCAUAAAAGCAAAUGAAUAAGUAAAUUAUUGUCCUUGAACUGUUUGCUGGCCACCAGUGCUUAUCCAUACCGAUAUAAGAAUGUGACAUCUGUAUUAACGUGUUCAGUUUCUGUUUAGAUGAACCCUCUGGUUUUACAUAUGGUUACUUAUUAAUGUAGAAUCAUUUGCCUUUUCAAGCUUCUUGCGUCUGUUGUAUUCUACUGUUUUUGGUUGCUUUGUUUUGUGGUUAUCUUCCUGCUCGUAUGGACCUUGCGUAGCUUUUUUAAAUGUCGCUGCUGACUGGAAGGAAAGAAUUUAUACGUGUCUUAAUGGUCGAUCAAUUAUUGCUUUUUGAAGAUUGAUGAUGGAUGGAUGUCCUUUUUAUUUUUCAAGGAUGGUUGGUUCUUGUCGCAGAUGUUGAUUGUUUUGAGUGUUAUAAGAGAAGAGUUGCUGGAAAGCCAAGGGUUUCAAGUUUUUUAAUUAAGUCCUAUCUGCUUCUUGAGAUUUUAGCAGUAUUCUCGUUCUUUCCCUCUUUGUCACAUUUUGAAUAGUGCUGGAUGGAGCCAUUAUACUGGCUUUGAUUUAGAAUUGAUGACCUAAUUGUCAGGAUAUAUUCUCGAAACUGUAAGAAAGGUUUUUUUGUCUCGUUGUUUUGAAGAUAACUGAACAGUUUUUGGCUUUACAAUUUGUUUCUUCUAUGAUCCUCUUCCUUCUUUUUGCUGCAUAACUUGUUUAGGUUUCCUGAAAGUUCUUUCGUGAAUUGUGACAACAGAUGGAGCUGGUGGUAAGGGCACAUGGGGAAAGUUGCUUGAUACUGGUGAUGAUUCGUUUCUUGAUCGGAAUGACCCCAACUAUAACAGUGAGGAGGAACCUUAUGAGCUUGUUGGAACCACAGUCUGUGAUCCAUUGGAUGAAUACAAGAAAGCUGUUGUGACCCUUAUUGAGGAAUACUUCAGCACAGGGGAUGUCGAUGGGGCUGCUUCUGACCUUAGGGAUCUUGGUUCCAGUGAAUAUCAUCCCUACUUCAUAAAGAGGCUUGUUUCUAUGGCCAUGGAUAGGCAUGAUAAGGAGAAAGAAAUGGCAUCAGUUUUGCUAUCUGCACUUUAUGCUGAUGUCAUCAGCCCAGCCCAGAUAAGUCAGGGUUUCUUCAUACUUCUGGAAUCUGCUGAUGAUCUGGCUGUUGAUAUUCUUGAUGCGGUUGACAUACUUGCCUUGUUUAUUGCUCGUGCUGUGGUUGAUGAUAUCCUUCCACCUGCAUUUAUCACAAGUGCGAGGAAAAUUCUUCCGGACUCCUCCAAAGGAUUCCAAGUUCUGCAAACUGCUGAAAAGAGCUAUCUAUCAGCUCCCCAUCAUGCAGAACUUGUUGAAAGGCGAUGGGGUGGUAGUACCCAUCUUACAGUGGAGGAAGUGAAGAAAAAGAUAGCUGAUCUCCUAAGGGAAUAUGUGCAGAGUGGAGAUACUCCUGAGGCCUGCCGGUGCAUUAGGCAGUUGGGAGUUGCAUUCUUCCAUCACGAAGUUGUGAAGAGGGCUUUAGUCCUAGCUAUGGAGAUCCGCUCCUCUGAGCCACUUAUUAUGAAGUUAUUAAAGGAGGCUGCUGAGGAAGGUUUAAUAAGUUCCAGUCAAAUGGUGAAGGGUUUUGUGCGCCUAUCUGAGAGCCUUGAUGACCUUGCCCUGGAUAUUCCUUCUGCCAAGACUUUGUUCCAAGCCUUGGUUCCUGUUGCAAUAUCUGAGGGGUGGCUUGAUGCAUCUUUCCUCAAGUCCUCGAGUAAAGAUGGAGAGGCACGUGAUAAAGAGGAUGAGAAGUUAAAGCGAUACAAAGCUGAGGUGGUUACCAUAAUUCAUGAGUAUUUCCUGUCAGAUGAUAUUCCUGAACUAAUCCGUAGUCUGGAAGAUCUUGCUGCUCCCGAAUAUAAUCCCAUUUUUCUGAAGAAGCUCAUUACCUUGGCCAUGGAUCGUAAAAACAGGGAAAAGGAGAUGGCUUCUGUUUUACUCUCUGCUCUGCAUAUUGAGAUUUUUUCAACUGAGGACAUUGUCAAUGGGUUUGUUAUGCUUCUGGAAUCAGCAGAAGAUACGGCGCUGGAUAUCUUGGAUGCUUCAAAUGAACUUGCUCUGUUCCUGGCUAGGGCUGUCAUUGAUGAUGUUCUUGCUCCACUAAACUUGGAGGAGAUAGCCACCAGGUUGCCACCAAAUUGCAGUGGGAGUGAGACUGUGCAUGUUGCCCGGUCCCUUAUAGGUGCACGUCACGCUGGCGAGAGGAUUCUCAGGUGCUGGGGUGGAGGAACUGGCUGGGCUGUUGAGGAUGCCAAGGAUAAGAUAAUGAAGCUGCUUGAGGAGUAUGAAAGUGGGGGUGUCGUUAGUGAAGCUUGUCAAUGCAUUCGUGAUAUCGGUAUGCCUUUCUUCAAUCAUGAGGUGGUGAAGAAAGCUCUGGUUAUGGCAAUGGAGAAGAAGAAUGAUAGGAUGCUGGACUUGCUCCAAGAGUGCUUCAAUGAGGGGCUGAUAACGAUCAAUCAGAUGACCAAAGGCUAUGGAAGGAUCAAGGAUGGGCUCGAUGACCUGGCUCUUGACAUUCCAAAUGCAAAAGACAAGUUCAGUUUCUAUGUGGAGUUUGCCCAAGGAAAAGGCUGGCUUCUACCAGCCUUCACCUCAUCCGAUGUGGAUGCAUCCUCUUGAGAAGGGAAAUUGUAGUUCAGUUUCUCUCUCCUGUAUGUUGUUGCUUAUUGUCUUUUUUUUUUCUUUUCCUGGUUUAGGGGCUCUUAUCACCUUGUGCAUCGGAAGUGGAUGAUUUUAGAAUUCUCAGAUCCCAUCUGAUGUGCCUUCUUUUUUAAUCUCUUAUUUGAAACUGUGUUUUCUGGAGUUCUUUUAACUCAUGUAAAAAUCUAGGUUCUUGCUGUUUCAACAGUAACUUUUUAUGGUCAAAGAUAGAUUUUAGUACUUUUGUUCUUGUUGAUCUCUACAUGCUUUGAAGGUGAUAUUUUUGUCUGAAUUGGCUUUUACUCUGUAGUCUGUACCGUCUGAGAUUUCUGAAACUAGAUGUUGAAUCUGUUGAGUCUUGUCGAUGACUCUAAAAAGGGCCAAUAUGAAUGAGACCAAGAUCUGAUUUUUGG